UCUUUCACCAUUAACACAGACCUUCAAUUUUUUCUAGGGUUUAAUCCACCAUGAAAUUAGCUCCACUAGAAACCCUACAAAAUGCACACGAAGACUCAAUUUGGUCAACAGCAUGGAUCCGAUCAACUGAACAAUUACCGCCGUUACUUUUAACCGGUGGUUUAGAUGAAACCGUAAAAUUAUGGGAUCCGAGUAACUUUACUUGUAUUCAAACUUAUACAGGUCAUUGUCUUGGUGUUGUAUCUGUUACGGCUCAUCCUACUCGUAGAAUUGCUGCAUCUGCGAGUAUUGAUAGUUUUAUUAGGGUUUUUGAAGUUGAUACUAAUAAAACUAUUGCUACACUUGAAGCGCCGCCAUCUGAAGUUUGGCAAUUGCAAUUUAGUCCCAAUGGUAGCACUCUGGCAGCAGCUGGAGGUGGUAGUUCAUCAGUCAAGCUAUGGGAUACUACUAACUGGGAACUUGUUCUCACAUUGUCAAUUCCUCGUCAAGGAGCCCCACAACCAUCUGACAAAAGCAGCAACAAGAAAUUUGUCCUUUCAGUUGCAUGGAAUCCUGAUGGUAGGCUUCUUGCUUGUGGAUCAGUUGAUGGGACUAUUUCUGUUUUUGAUGUAGCUCGCGCCAAAUUCCUCCACUUCUUAGAAGGCCAUUCCAUGCCUGUUCGGUCCCUUGUGUUUUCACCUUCACUUCAUGAUUCAAGAAUACUCUUCUCAGCAUCAGAUGAUGGUCAUGUGCAUGUGUAUGAUGCUGAGGGGAAAACAUUACUCACAUCUUUGUCAGGUCAUGCAAGUUGGGUUUUGAGUGUUGAUGUCUCCCCAGACGGGGCAGCAAUUGCAACAGGGUCAAGUGACAAGACGGUUAGGCUGUGGGAUCUUAAAAUGAGAGCAGCUACGCAGACUUUAACCAACCAUACGGAUCAGGUUUGGGCUGUGGCUUUUGGACCAACAUCAAGGACUGAUGUUCGGUCUUGUAUGCUUGCAAGUGUGUCUGAUGACAAGAGUUUAUCGUUCUAUCAGUACUCUUAAUUUUUCCAUGCUUGUAUGUCUGUAGGAUGUAUCGAGAAAAUAUUUGGCUUCUUUUUAGGGGGCAUGCCAUCGUUUCAGAGUCAUAUGUAUAUGCAAUGCUAUUUAUUCGAUCUCUAGAAAACACAUGAAUUUGGCACCCAGUAGGGUGACCUCUUGUGAAGCGGAGCAUGCUCACUUUCGUGAUAUUCUUCGUUGUAUAACUAGUGACGGAGCCGAUGAUUAUUUCU